AUGUAUUUUUUUCAUUGUUAUUAUUUAUUAUAAUUUUUUUAACUUUAUAAAUGUACCCCUGACAUGAGCAGUUUUGUAUGUAUAUGCUGUUAAUGUACUUAUAUUUUCUAAAAUAAAAAAAUACUGCUUACCUGUAGGAUGUACAGUAAUCUCACAACUCAGUAAGAUAAAUAAUGUGUUCUUCUUUUCUGUCUUUCUCUUUAUAAAUACUCCAAUAUUUAUCUCAGAUGUUUAAGUUUGUUCAUUACAGUUUGUAGUGCGCGGGCGCGUGCGUGCGGGAGCGCGCACGUUGAACGUCCACCGGGGUGAGGCGGAAGUGACGUCAGACCAGGAAGUACAGCUCACCGCUGGCUGACCAGAGAGAAGUGGAGAGCAAUGGAUGGAUAGCAACAGCAACAGCAACAACUCCUACUAGCUGGGCUGUUUCCACCAGGAACCGUCACAUGAAUGUCUCAGUGAAGCCAGUCUCUGAGGAGCUGAAGCCCUGAAUGUCCUUCUAGUGUCGGUGAAGAUGACCCAGAGAUGACUCACCAGUGGCUUGGACAUCUGUGAUUUGACAGAAGAUGAGGCUUGCUCAGUUUGUCAGACUUGUCAUUGCUUGUAAUGAUCGCUACUGUAGGCACAUAAACCAAACUGACAUGGACGACAAACUAUAGUGAAUCAUGUUUGUUGCUUUUUGCACAUCACACUCACUUAAAACACUAACGACAUAAAUUAUCAUUUAGUUUGUUUUGGAUGGCUUUCAGUUGAUAAGCAGUGCUGACAAUGUCGCUGGGCGAGCAGUCUCAAAAGUGGUUUCCAACCCAUGUCCAAGCCACUGUUCUUCAAGCAACCGGUUUACAGCCCAAGGGCAAAAAUGGCACCAAUGAUGCCUACACUAUCAUCCAGCUGGGCAAAGAAAAGUACUCGACAUCAGUGGCCGAGAAGACACUUACCCCUGUCUGGAAAGAGGAAGCCUCCUUUGAAUUACCUGGUUUACUUCUGGAGGGCAACCCAGAAGUAUAUGAACUCUGCCUUAUAGUGAUGCAUCGGUCCUUGGUUGGGAUGGACAAGUUCCUGGGUCAGAGGUUCAUCAACCUUAAUACAAUCUUUGAUAACAAGGAACGGAAGAAAACUGACUGGUAUUCCUUGGAGUCCAAGCCGGGGAAGAAGAGGAAAGAACGAGGCCGCAUCCAAGUCAGCAUUCAGUUCAUGAGGAACAACAUGACGGCCAGCAUGUUCGACCUCUCCAUGAAGGAAAAGCCCCGCUCGCCUUUCUCCAAACUGAAGGGCAAAAUGAAGGGUCGCAAACACGACAGUGGCCUUGGUGACACGUCUUCAGCCAUCAUGCCUCGCUCUGCCAUGUGCGACUCUGAGCCUAACCGGCAGUCCUUCGCCCCAGAACCACAACCCCAGCCUGAAGCAAAGGUCAAGAGACCACUACUGGCUGGGGCCCAUAAACUCUCUGCAGCUCAUUCCAUGUCGGAUCUCAUUGGGACUCACUUUCGGCCCAAACUGGACUCCAUGAACUCCAUAGAAGAAAGCGGCGGCCCUCACAGGCGUUCCCAGAGCGAGGUGCCAGGCUACCAGGACGGCGAGGCACACAGUGACCCUUUCACUGAUAUCAGUGACACCCUGCCACAGAAGUAUGCCACGCUCCCACGCAACCACAACCCGUUUGAGGGGGAGCAAGGGCAGCUGUGGGACCGGCCAGAGCGGAAGGAGAAAAAGGAGAAGGUCAGCCUACUGGAACGCGUGACGGGAAAGAAGGAAGGCCGCAAGACCAGCAACGGGGCGCGUUCGGGCAGCUCUGGAGACCUGCGAUCCCCCAACCCCUUUAGUGGAGACACUAACCCGUUCAUCUCCAACUACAAAUCCAGUGAUAAAAAGUCAACAGGAAAUCAAGACAUCACAUUUGGCCAUAAGAAGGACAUCUAUGGCAAGAAAAAGGAGGUGAAACAGGAAAGCGUGGCCUCCUAUAGCAACCUAUCCUUUGAGGAAGUUGUGCAGGAACUCAUCAAGCAGAAAGAAGUGGUGAAAAAGAAAGACGCCCACAUCCGGGAGCUGGAAAACUACAUCGAUAACCUGCUGGUGCGCGUCAUGGAGGAGACGCCGAGCAUUCUACGGACGCCCUAUGAGCCCAAAAAGAAGGCGGGUAAACUUGGUAAAAAAAAGUAGAAAUUAAAAAGACGCAGGAUGAAACGGUACUAAUGAAGGUUUAGCUGUAGCUCAUGCAUCAAUAUUGUGGUAAAAUAAGUGGGAACAAACAGGAUUGAUCAAAAUUUAUGAUUGAUUUGUCUUUGCUUUAGAACAUUUUAUGUUGAUGUAGUUUUUAUAUACCUUUUUUCAAUGUUUAGUACACACAGGUAUUUUGACCUUUUAGUUUGGCAUUCCUAUAUUUACAUUUUAAAAUUACUUUAUGAAUACUUGUUGCGGUGCAUUUUUAGGUACUUAAACAGGAUAAGAGACAUUCAUCGAUUGAUUCAAGUCAAAUCAAAGAUUAGGUUUAUUGUGUGCACUUGUGAACCCACAGAGGUCUGUUGCACAUACAGCUGCGAUCAUCGCCUCAGACGCACUUAAAGGGUAACUUUGGUAUUUUUCAACCUAGUUAGUUUCCCAUGUUUUUGUGUCUAAGUGACUAAUGGGGACAACAAUUUCUGAAAUUGGUCCAAUAUUGAGGGACAACGCUGUAACCGACAGCCGUGAAAUGAACUGCGAGGGCAAGUGAGCAGCGUCAGUGUAACGUUACGUCCACUAAAAAGUGUUUGUUUUUGCCACUGACAGGCUCAGAUUAUUAUUAUAAGUGUCUGACAAGAAGUGGUGCAACGGUUCAACAAACCCACGGUUCGGUUUGCAUUGUGGCUUUUAGAUUAAGGUUUUGGUUUGGUUCGUUUUUCACAUUAGGGAGAAGAAAAACAUAACAAUUUCCAAUGUGUUCGAACUCCAAAAUCUAUAAAUUGAUAGAUUGAUUGAUAGUAAUGAAAGAAAUUACUGUACAGUAUAUUAAGAUGUACUGAUUUUAUACAUGACAUAGUCUACUUGAUGGUCAAGCAGACCUAUGUUCAGAUAAUUGCCUCUUCUAUGGCACCUCAUCAAAUAAUUAGCAGGGUUAGGGCUUAAUAUUUAAUAUUGGUGCAACGGUUCAACAAGUCCAUGGUUAGGAUUUGCAUCUUCACUGACAACAUUAUGGAAAGGACUCUACAGAGAAAUAAAAAAAUUUUUUUCUUGCCUUUCUCUUGAUCCGGUCUGUCUGUUAUUGCGUUCAAGUCCCGCUCAAGGAGAAGUCUUGUUGUGAUAUCUGAAUAUCCGUAUGCUCUGGCUCAAAUAAAUAUGGGCGGACAUCAAAUUCAAAGACCUCGUCCACAUUAUGGAAAUCAUAAUAGAUAACACUAAGUUACGCUUUUCUGUACUCCCAACACAACAAACUGUCGCGUUUCCACCAUGGAUGAAUUCCACUAUUCCACCAUUGUCUUCCAGCAACACUUCAUCUCGCCGAGACUUCUCCUUGAGUGACACUCUUUCCAUGAUGUUGUUAGACACGUAUAAUAACAAUCAGAGCCUGUCAUGGCAAAAACAAGCACUUUUAGUGGACGUAAAUGACGGUGCCAGCUUGCCCCAAUAGGUUUACAUUGCAGCCCAUGAGCGGCCGCCGUCUACAAUGCUCUCCCUCAAUACUGGACCAAUGUCAGAAACCUAUUAGUCAGUUAGACAGAAAGACAUGGGGGAAAUAGGGUCCAGGUUGGAAAAAUACUAAAGUUACCCUUUAAGGUGCAAAUGCAGACAGAUUCAUGUUUACCAGAUGGCGUAGUUGCUGUUGUGUGCUGAAAGACGGCCAAGUGGUUGAUAAGUUGAAGCUGUAGUUGCCGUGUUUACACUCAAGCACAAGUCUCCAACUUGCCACCUAAGUAACGAAACACAUUCAGCGAAGGCAGCAUCAGUUUUGUUGUUCUGUGCUACAGAUGUGGAUGAACUCUGCUCUCCUAUAAUAGUCUGAAUGAUUCAUGGGUAUUCUUAGAAAGACUGGUGGAGAGUUACGGUAAGAAGUUGCUGGACGAGUAUCUUGGAGUCUGGUUUCUCUCUAGCUUACUGAGUCAUGCAUUUAAAAAAAAAAAAAGAACAAACAUACAUUGCUGUUAUCAGUUACUGACUUUUACAUUCUCUAUUUUAUUUGUGAUGACUAUCAUUUAAGUUUCUU